ACUUCACACUUCUGCUUCCAAAAUCCGCCAUUGGAGAUGAGUACUCCAGUUGAAGAAGUUUCUGCACAUCUGAAAAAAUUCAACUAUGAGGAUUGGAUUUCAAAGCUGGAUGCACUGUCGAUAUGGAUGUACGAUUUUGGCGACCAGCAUUUCCCGUCAACUAUAGAACAGAAAAUCUCUGACAUCGAGCAUCAAAUUGAUUUGUGCAUCAAAGUCCUCGAAUCAGUUCCUCAAGAGAAGAGAGAAUUAAAUCGUGAACGUGCAAUGUUCGAGUAUCUAAAAGGAAGGUUUUAUAAUGCAAUUCCUGAUGUUUAUAAGGAGGAAGCAGAGCGUCAUCUACUGAAAGCUACUCAAUUAGAUCCGCUUCUGCGGGAUGCUUGGAAUUGCCUCGGCUGUUGCGUUGCCAAGAAAGGAAAUUACCAAGAAGCUAAAGAAUACUAUCAGGCUGCCCUUAAAAUGGGUGAAGAAAAUGCAGUAAUAUUACGUCAACUUGCAGACCUUGAACUGACGUUUGCACGAGUUGCUGAAAAUCCAGCCAAGCAGAUUGAUGACUGCAUCAAAUAUGCCGAAAGGACACACGCUCUGGAUGACAUGGAUGGAGGUUGUUUAUGUAAGACUGCGAACAGAAUUUACUUAAAAGAGGAACUGCUUUAA